AGUUAGUUAGUUUGCUUUCAUCAGUUUGCCCGACUGUAGUAGACAUCUAGAACUAUACGGACAGUGAAACUCCUCUUUCUAUUACUGUGUUUGCAGCACUGUCUCUUAAACAAUCACAGAUGCGAUAUGUGAAAUUGGCGUAAUUAGCGCUGUAGGAUUGGCGUUUUGAACGUACCUGCCAUCGGUGCUAAGUGCAACACGUGUUCUUGUUUCAACAAGUUUGUAGAAUAAUUACAUUUAUCUAUGCUAAUUAUUUUGUGUAUUGUGUAAAAGGACGAGCACAAAAUGACCUACACUCAAGGUUUGAAAUGGCGGAGAAAACCAUCAAUACCCAAGGGUGCCAAGGAUUCAGCAAUGCCCAUUUGUGGUUCUUAACGUUUGCUGUAUUUCGUGUGUGGUUACUCCGCUUCUGCAGGCGCCCCACGACGUUUCGGAAGGCUGCGUCUGGUGGUCGUCACUUGACCGAAACGUCAUCCAGCUGAAUCUAACCCAUGACCAAUCAGUAAAGAACUGAAGAAGGCAGCUGUCCUGAGAGGGGAAACAAACAUUGUAUCUCAGGAACUCGAAGUGUCAGAGAGCGGGACACGAGAUGGCGCAGAUGUAGGCUCUCAAAAAUUCGCAGAAAGGGAUGCUGGAUGGCGGCCGAUGUAACGAACGGUUCUGACACAGGACCGACAUCGGAGAGGGAGCUGACGUGGCAGAACGUGUGCUUGGCCGUUCUCCUCUGCAUCCUCAUAUUGGUCACAGUGGUUGGUAACACUCUAAUCAUAGUAGCUGUAAUGACGACCCGAAGACUUCGAACUGUGACAAAUUGUUUUGUCAUGUCGCUGGCUGUUGCGGAUUGGCUGGUUGGAAUAUUUGUAAUGCCUCUUAAAGUUGCUCUGCAAAUUAUGGGGACAUGGGAGCUGGGCUGGGUGUUGUGUGAUAUCUGGAUCUCACUGGACGUCCUGCUGUGCACAGCCUCUAUCUUGAGUCUGUGCGCUAUCAGUGUCGACCGCUACCUGGCAGUCACGCAGCCUCUCAACUACUCGCGCAGGAGGCGCUCAAAGAGGCUCGCUCUCCUCAUGAUACUUGCCGUCUGGCUCGCAGCCCUUGCGAUCACCUGUCCUCCUAUCUUUGGCUGGUACGACCCAGAUCAUCACAACAAUAAGAACUGUCGCUACAACAGCAACAGGGGUUAUGUUGUGUUUUCCGCGAUGGGCUCAUUCUUCAUCCCGCUGGCCGUGAUGCUGUAUAUGUACGCACGAAUCUCAUGCGUGGUGGCCCAACGACACAACCAGCUGACUGCUCUCGACAGCAAUGAUCAGAGGUCAAGUAGACUUGUGAGUAAUCAGGAGGAGUCGGACAUGGAAAGGGCAUCGUCUGAAUGCGAGGAGGGGAAUCACCUGGCAGGAAGGUGUACGAGUAUUGCCAAUGUAGAUGGCAUCCAGUUCACUGGUCUCCACCAACAUCACCACAUUCAUCACUAUCACCACCACCACCAUCACAAUCAGCGACAUCUCCGCUCCCCUCGCUACAGUUACUGCCCUCCCACCUGUAGGGAUGGAAUGAAUCACCACCAGCCUAUCUUGCCCCAGUCAUCAAGAUCGAGUUUCUACAGUCGCGGUUCGUCACGUCCAGAAUCCCUCGCGCUGGACGUGGCAUCGGUAGACAUCCGCAUGCAGACGAUGUCUCUCCCUCUGCAGCCGACGAGCCGCGUCUCUUCCUUCAGGAGGGAGAGCAAGACGGCGCAGACCCUUUCCAUCGUAGUGGGGGGCUUUGUCGCGUGCUGGCUUCCUUUCUUCAUCAUGUAUCUACUUACGCCAUUUGUUGAUAUCCAACCGAUGCUCAUGUCAUUUCUCAUGUGGCUGGGUUGGAUAAAUUCAGCCAUUAACCCAUUCAUCUACGCAUUCUACAGUCCGGAUUUUCGGAUUGCAUUCUGGAGGUUGACAUUCCGACACUGUUCCACGCCAAAAAGUCCUCCAGACUUUUCACUAAGGCACAAAUAAUUCUGCUUUCUGCCCAUAAUGUCAUCUAGAUGCACUGCAAGGUGAACUGUUCAUCAUGGUAGCUUUUGGUAGCUUUUUUGGUGUCCCUCAGUACAUGCAUUUAAAACGGCCCAUCCACGUACGAGUCUGACUUGUGAGUCUGGCUUGGCGAGCUUGACUCGUGAGCCGGGCUCGGAUAUAUUUCACGUGCGUAGCAGACUCGGCUCGUGACACCCCACCCACAAACGAGUUUGGCUCGAUGGAACCUGAGCCAAGCCGGACUCGCGAGCCAGACUCGUACGUGGAUGGGCCGCUUAAGGGACUGCAACUGAACUGUGGUUUCAGAGCUCUUAACGGAAGCAACAAGUGCUUUGAAACAUCGGUGAACUUCCGUUAGACUAGACAGAGCAGUCGUCUUCUUAGAGACAAAUUUACUAUUAACAUUUUAAAAUCAGAAGCUAUCCUUGCACCCUGUGUGCAGGCUUUUAUUUUUUAUAUCACAGUUGUGGAGGCAUCUUUCCAAUUUUCAUCAUUAUCGCACUGAAGUUUGUUUUAAAUUUUGUGUUAAAUUCAUUUAUCUCAUUAAGACUUGCAGUGUGUACAUUUGCCACACAGUGACAAAUUUUAUGAAGCUCUGAAACUUCGACUUCUUGCGGCCUCUUUUUCGCAUCUAUGGGAUAUGAAAUAAUCAUGUUUGGGGCGUGUGAAGUUGUUUGGGGUUUGUGAGAAAGGAAGUUAUAAAAAUACAGACUGGUGUGUACACGUCUUAACUUCACCAAUGAGGGACCAAUGUGGAAAGUCAUUUGAUACUUGAAGAGAAAGCAUGAAUUUCAAUGCAGAGACUUUCACAUUUUUUUAAAUGCAACAAAAUUAUUGAUACCAAAGAUUAAUUAUAUUGUACUUACUACAGUUUCUGAAAGGAAAUACUGGUUUGUGAGAUAACAAAAUGCAGUAUCUUUGUCUGUAAUAAUGUCUACAGCCAAGUAGGAUGAUAACAGCGUAACACCACAGAUUUGUAUUUAAGAUAUGUCCAGGAUUCAAUCUUAUUACCAGUUCUUCUUCUUCUUCUAUGGCUCUCCGGUCCGUAUUCACUCCAUGGCCUCCUCAAUUCUCCUCUUCCAUUCCGUCCUCUGUUAGGUCCGUCUGUCCGAGGCUAUGAUCGAGGUUUCAAAAUGUCUUCCUUUUUACGGUGCAAGGUUGUUAGCCUUGCGACCAACCCCCAACCUGGAGGACCAGGGUACCUGUCUUAGUCCGACCUCUCUCCCUCGACCAAUCUGGCUAGGGAGGCCCUACCUUAUUACCAAUUACCCUUGCCAAAGUUUUGCUUUGUUUUCAUCAGUCUCUCCUGGUGGAUUCCAUAACAGUACCUUAAAAUAGACCACUAUCAUCUCUUUCCACAUCCCCCCUCCCUCACCCCUCCAAGAGAGAGAGUAGGAUUGAAUGGACGAAAUUUCUGUUUGUUAAAACCACAAGCAACUCCACUGUUUCCAUGUUAGAAUGUGUUUAAGACUUCAGCAUUCCUGUAAAUAGUCAAACUGCAGUCUCUUUUUUUAUUAUACUGAAGGAAGGGGCGUUUUACUCUGAAACGCAACAAACUUUAAGUGAUGCGUAAAAUAUAAACUAUGACUGAUGCCAUCCUAGCAUGUACAAAUGUUGUUUUUUGUUACGAAGUGAUUUCAUGGAAACAAAAAACUUUUCAGUAAUAACUGGAAAGGAGCCUCUAUUUUGAUCAUGACAUUUCCCUAGUCACGAGUUAUGUUUCCAAGGAGACAAAAUUUUAUAGCUUUGUUUCCGUAAUGUUGCGAUGUAUAUAAUGCAAUUUCAGAAUAUUAAUCUUGAGGUACGCACAAUUCCGAUAGAAGAACUCUAUAAAAUGAUGUCAGAAGAACGUCUUACUCAAAGCCCCUGUGAGUUUCGGGCACGUGUGAGUUAAGUUUAAGCUUAGUCGAAGAUCUGCAGAAUAUUUUAAACUUCUUAGGAUGGUGCAAAUUAUUAUGUUGACUGUCACGUGUAAACCUCCGACAAGUAAUUCACUUGAUGUACAGAAGCAGUCAUAUAUAGUUUGAUCACUGUCUGAGUUGCCAUCUCAGCUGGAGAGGUAUUUGUUUGUCUGAUUUUGACUAUUUUAUAAAAUGUGGGUUCCUAAACUUGUCCUCUCCUGCCCAUAGUACUAAUACUGUUCACAUUGUAUCAUAUUUGGCUGAAGGUAAUUUAUGACGGUCUUCCUCUAAAUACUUUCUGAAUUAAACUGUGCGUUAAAUUUUUGUAUUUUUAAUUUUUUUUUUCGCCCGAGCUGCUGCCAAAAUGUAGUUAUGUAGUGACAUCAUUUUCUUCUGUCUUGUAAAAAUAGUGAGGUAAUAUAACUGAACAUUGUGACAGAGAAAAUAAAUGGGAUGAAUGUGAAUUAUAUUCAAAGAUGCAUUAAAAUUGGCCAAAUAUGGUACUGCUAUUUAACAGAUCUGUUUUACGUGUUUUAAACUAACAUAUUCUCGUGGUGAAAUGUCGGUGUCCGACAAGGGCAGGAUUGGAAGUUAACAAAUGGCAUUGAAUUCACAUUUGUCUGGCUUCGUUACUUAGUAAAAUACAUGUUUAAAAAUAUACAAAUGUCAAACGUUAAAAAUUUGGCAUCAAGAUAACAAAAUAUUUCCUCAGUUUGAAAGAUGCCACAGUUUUUUUUAAAGAUAUUAGUCAGAACAGCAGCAAAUUCCACUCUGUUUUGUGAGAAAUUUGAGUUAUUGUGUAAAAUUAUGACGUGUUAUAUCAUUCAAUUAGUGCAUAAUAAUUCAUGGCUUUCAGAUGCCACGUAAUAAUCCCAAGGCAUGUGACGACUCUCCCACCACAAAAUAUAAUUCCUAGAUUCCAUGAAUGCUUUGUUUGCUGCUUUUGUACACCUGCUUUGUGGAUGAUUUACGUACUGGGAUAUCAGCGUCUUCGACAUCUGUUUGUCAUCUCAUUAUGUUCCUGCAGCUGUCGGACCCACAGACCAAGCAACGGAAGGAAAAUGAACAAGAGGUCCUUGCUGCCUCUACCAUCGGGGUAAUGAGAUGAAGAAACAUUAAUCAGAAACAGGUCACCGCUACCAACCUGUGGAGGAUGCAAGGGACGUGUUCGACGUACUGCGCUGGCAGUCUCCCAUGCUGCCCACUCCAGUCAAAUUCGACAUGGAUCGUGACAGACCAUAGUUGCCAACCUGAGCCUUCAUCUGUGCUGGCUGGGUCGAUGUCAUAUGAUGAUACUAACUGUCUGCUGCUUGUUGCUAACUGGUCCAAUAUUAGAACCGGGCGGUUUUGGCGCGGGGCGUCUCUUCCUGGCCGGCCUUGCGGGUGGGAUCGGUGCCAUC